CUUGGAACAGACGUGUCGCGUUUUGUUCUGGGAUUCGUUGCGCUGCACGUAAAUUGUAUCUGUAGCACAGCCGGCUGCUGCUACUGCUGCUACCCCCCGCUCGCCCAACUAACGAAAAAGAAAGAAGCGAAAGAAAAAAAAAACACCCACCAAAAUAAAACAAAAAUAAAAGCCGGUUCGGUGCGCGAAAGCCAAAGCCAAAAGGAUGUAUUGAAUAUACUUUUGUAUCUGCGAGAUACAAAUUAAGUUGACUUGCUGCGCCACAGCCACAGCCACAGCCAGAGCCAGAGCCACAGUCAGUGUGUAUUUCGUUCGUGUGGGUAAUUGAACUGCAAAAGCCCCAUCAUGUGCAGCUAAACUAAACGCGUAUCUGAAACGUCUUCCCAACAGCAGCAGCAACAACAACAACAACAACAGCAGCAUUGCAGUCUGUGAGUUUGAGUUUGAGUUGGUGUUUGUGUAUCUAGAUACCUUUGUCGGUGUGGCUAUCAUUACAACGCGCAGAGCCAACGACAAUUCUUUAACUUUGCUGCCAAGCUUGUCGCUUGUCGCUGUCAAUCUAUGAGUUGACGCUGAUAAAAAAAUACAAAAACAGCAUAAAAAAAAAAUAAGAAAGAAAUAAGAAAUAAACGUAAAAAAGAAGUUGAAAAAAUCAACAGCAAGUGCCUCGCGUAUCUUUCUUGUGUGUUAAAUGCAUUUCAUGCGUUUCAGCUAUGUAAAUAUCAAUUUAAUUUGAGUGUCUAUAGUAAAUACAAAGAUACCACGCCCACUACGCCCCCAAUCUGCCGCUUGGGCCGCGCGCGCAUUUAACUAAAAGUGCAGUUGAAAAUCGUUGACAGUCCGUCGUUGCUCGUUGUUCGUCUCGUCUCCAAAUAUUGAAUAUUUACACAUGCGUUGAGUGCAUUUUGGAGUGCCUGUCUCUCUCCCUCUCUGCCCCACUGUGUGGCUGCUGCCACAAACGUGUGUGUGUGUGUGUGUGCGUGUGUGUGUCGCGUUAUCAGCAUUUGCUAAUUGGCCUAAAAGACCAACGUCUACAUAUACAGUUAUAUUGCUCUCGCAUCCACAACAGUCACUUGACUUCGAGUGGCUGAGCAUACACAGAUACAGCUACAAAUACAUAUAAACAUAUAAGCAUGGAUAUGGCCAGGAAUAUGCCAUUGAUGCUACUCGGGCUGUUGCUCACUUUGCUGGCCUCUAGCAUGGCCAACUCUUCGCGCUUUAUCGAGUUGCCGCAGAGUCAGUCUGUCGUUGAGAACGAAGCCGUUGACUUUGGCUGCGGCGCGACGAGCUCCAGUGACAGUUCCAGCUCCAGCUCCAGCGCUGGCGACGAUUUACAUUACGACUGGUUGCAUAAUGGUCAACAAAUUGUGUAUGACAAGCGCGUGCAACAAAUCGAGGGCAAUUUGCAUAUCGAGUCGGUGCAACGUGAGGAUGCCGGUGGCUAUGUCUGCAUAGCCAGCAGUUUGUCCAGCGGCGCCAGGCAGGCGUCGCCGCCAGCUAAGCUGAGUGUCAUAUUUUUAGACACGGCCAACGUGCAACUGCUAAGCAGCAAUCGCAACGAGCUGCUGCUCAAGUGCCACGUCGAGGGCGCUUCCGGGGAUGAGCCGCUGCAGAUUGAGUGGUAUCGCGAUAGCAGCAAGCUGAGCAGCUGGCAGAAUGUCCAGCUGCAACAGCAUCGCUUGCUGGUGCGUCAGCCCAGCACACUGGACGAUGGACUCUAUCGCUGCAUUGCGUCCAAUGCGGCGGCACGUGUGAUGAGCAAACAGGGCUAUGUCUAUCAGCAUGAGUUGAACCAAAUGACUGCAGCCAAAUGUGUGCCCAGGCUGCUGAAGAAGAAAAACCAAAAGCUGCCAGAGAAUUGGAGCAAGCAAAUCUUUCUCUGCCGUGGCAAACGCGGUGGCAACACCGCCGAAGCCGCCGCUGCGCCGCCUGCUGGACUACGCAUUGUUCAAGGCCCCAGCGCCAAGCUGGUCAUCAAAGAGGGCGACGCGGCCGCACUCAGCUGUCUUUACGAACUGCCGCUGGAGCUGCAGAAUCAGCGUGUGCAGCUGCGUUGGCGCAAGGAUGGCAAAGUGCUGCGUCAUGUGGAGCUGGCUGCCGCGCCACUCCACUCCGCCUCCUCGUUCACGGACAAUGCCAAGGAGGCGCUGCUGCGUGAGGAUGCGCGUCUGCUGCUGCACAAACAAAACGGCACGCUGAGCUUCAACAACAUCAUUGCCAGCGAUGCGGGUCAGUAUAUGUGCCAGCUGCAGCUGGAGGGGCAUGCCGCAGUCAAUUCGCCACCCGGCAUGCUGGAGGUCAUCGAGCAACUGAAGUUCAUGCCACAGCCGACAUCAAAGAAUCUCGAACUGGGCGCUCUGGGCAAGCUGCACUGUAAGGCGCAGGGGACGCCCACGCCACAAGUCCAAUGGCUGAGGGAUGCGGAGAACGCAACGCUGCCGGAGCAUGUGGACGACAUCAAUGGCACUUUAAUCUUUCGAAACGUGAGCGCCGAACAUCGCGGCAAUUAUACGUGCCAGGCGAGGAAUAGUCAGGGACAAAUAAGCGCCACAGUGGCCAUUAAUGUGGUGGUAACGCCCAAGUUUAGUGUCGCACCAACGGGACCGAUUGAGAGCAGCGAACAGGGCGUGGCUGUGAUACACUGUCAGGCCAUUGGGGAUCCAAAGCCAACCAUACAGUGGGACAAGGAUCUGCAGUAUUUGAGUGAAAACAAUACGGAUCGUCAGCGUUUUAGAUUCCUGGAGAACGGCACGCUGGAGAUACGCAAUGUGUUGGCCGAGGAUGAGGGACGCUAUGGCUGCACCAUAGGCAACAGUGCUGGGCUGAAGCGCGAGGAAGUGCGUCUGGUGGUGCGCACCACUGGCGACAAUCUGCUGGGCGAGGAGCAGGCUGGCGAUGGCUUCUUGGUAACACGCGCUGUGCUCAUCACCAUGACUGUCGCGCUGGCCUAUAUAGUGCUAGUGGUGGGGCUGAUGCUCUGGUGUCGCUAUCGCCGUCAGGCGCGCAAGGCGCGUCUCAAUGAGCUGAGCGCCAAGGAAGCUGGCGGCGAUGCCACUGAAAUUGGCGGCAAGAGCAACGAGCAGGAGCCCUGCCUGGCCAAGCAGACGCGCAGCAAUGGCCACGCCCACAAGCGUGCCGCCAAUGGCGACGCACAGAAAUCGGACGACACCGCCUGCAGUCAACAGUCGCGCGCCUCGAAGAAAUCUGCGCAUAUCUAUGAGCAGCUUGCUCUGCCACGCUCCGCGCUCAGCGAGCUACUACAGAUCGGACGCGGCGAGUUUGGCGACGUCUUUGUGGGCAAGCUGAAGGCGGCGCUCAUCAGUCCCACGCAGGGCAGCGACAAGCAAACGGAUGCGGAGCAGCAGCAUAGCAACAGCGAAAAUGGCAGCAGCGGCAGCACCACGCUGAGCACGCUGAAUGAGAAGCGUCGCUCGAAGACAUCCAUGGAUGACAUUGAGGAAAUCAAGGAGGAGAGCAGCAGUCCGCAAAUCAGCAGCGCCGAGCAGCUUGUGCUGGUCAAGGCACUCAACAAGGUCAAGGAUGAGCAGGCCUGCCAGGAAUUCAGACGCCAGCUGGAUCUGCUGCGUGGCAUUUCGCACAAGGGUGUGGUGCGUCUGUUUGGUCUCUGCCGCGACAAGGAUCCGCAUUACAUGGUCUUGGAGUACACCGACUGGGGUGAUCUCAAGCAGUUCCUGCUUGCCACCGCUGGCAAGAUGAACACCGCCACAGCCACAUCUUCGCCACCGCCAUUGACCACCAGCCAGUUGCUAGCAGUUGCCUAUCAAAUCGCACGCGGCAUGGAUGCCAUCUAUCGCGCUAGAUUCACUCACAGGGAUUUGGCCACUCGCAACUGCGUCAUCUCCAGUGAAUUCAUUGUGAAAGUCUCCUAUCCGGCGCUGUGCAAGGAUAAGUAUAGCCGUGAAUAUCAUAAGCAUCGCAAUCAAUUGCUGCCAGUGCGCUGGCUGGCGCCCGAGUGCAUACAGGAGGAUGAGUACACCACCAAGAGUGACAUAUUUGCCUAUGGCGUUGUUGUCUGGGAGCUCUUCAAUCAGGCCACCAAGCUGCCGCACGAGCACUUAACCAACGAGCAGCUGCUGCAGCGCGCCCAGGACAAUACGCUCGAAUGGAGUGUGGCCGAAGGCACGCCCACCUCACUCAAGGAUAUAUUGCUCACCUGCUGGUCGGCAAAUCCCAAGGAGCGUCCAUCAUUUAGCCAGUUGGGCGCUGCUCUAAGCAAAGCGAUGCAAGCUGCUGAGAAGUAAACAGCAGCAGCAGCAGCAGCAGGAUCAUCAUCAUCAACCGACUGAUUGUUGGUAAGCGUUUGCCAGCUACGCCAAAUAUAUAUUUAUAGUAUUAACAACUUAUUUUAGACUUGAUAACAUAAUAAACGCAUGUGCAACAUGCACAACACAUUUGUACUUAAGCUUAAUUGUAAUAAACCAAAACCAACAACAACAACAGUAGCAGUAUUUACAACAAAUGUAUAUAAACAAAUUCGA